AUGGCUGAGUCUUCAAUGCAGCGUAACAAACUUGAAGGCAGAGUGGCUAUUAUCACCGGUGGCGCCAGCAGCAUCAGCGAAGCCACGGCACGUCUUUUCGCCGAUCACGGUGCUCGCAUGAUCGUGGUCGCCGAUAUCCAAGAUGACCUCGGUCAAGAAGUAGCCAUAUCAAUUGGCACAGACAAGUGCAUUUACAUGCACUGCGAUGUUUCAAAUGAAGAUCAAGUCAAAGUUUAUCAAAGUUUAGUUGACUCCACGGUCCAAACGUACGGUCAACUAGACAUCAUGUUUAGCAACGCCGGGAUUGUAAGUGCCUCUUCACAGACAGUCGUUGACCUCGAUUUCACAACCCUAGACCGUGUGUUUGCCGUGAACGUCCGCGGCAUGGCGGCAUGCGUGAAGCAUGCUGCUCGUGUGAUGAUCGAGAAGGGGGUACGGGGGAGCAUCGUGUGCACGGCCAGUGUCAAUGGUAGCCGCGGUGGUCCACGGCUGACAGAUUAUUCCAUGUCCAAGCAUGCUGUGAUUGGACUGGUUAAAUCCGCCAGUACGCAGCUUGGAGUGCAUGGAAUCAGAGUGAACAGCGUGUUCCCGUCUGCAGUGGCGACUUCAACCUUGUGCAGGUCGUUCGGUGGCAUUGACGCUGAGCAAGCCGAGAAGAUUUGUGAACGACUCGCUAGCCUGAAAGGAAUUGUGCCCAAAGUGAAUCAUGUGGCAGAUACAGUACUGUUUCUUGCGUCUGGAGAUUCUGCAUUUGUAAGUGGGCACGACCUGGUAGAGGACGGUGGCCUUCUAUCGAAAAUGGUCUAGUCUUCUUAGAUAUGAUUGCCCACCAAUCCAUUAUCGGGCUUUUGAUUUUGUUGUG